AUGGCGGAGACUGUGAUUCUUCUAGCCAUUAAAAAGAUCACAUUUGCCUUGGCAAAAGGAGUGGUAGACAAGGCCAGUGUGCACUUUGCGAAGUAUGGCACACAACUACUAGAGAUACAAGGCAACAUGGCCCGUGUUGCCAGGGAGCUUCGCAUAAUGCAUGAUGUUCUCUGUCAAAUGGAUAUUCGAAACCGCAACAAUCAAGUAUACGAGGGUUGGUUGGACGAGGUGCAGAAAGUAGCACAUGUGAUGGAAGACAUGGUGGAUGAGUACUUGUAUCUAGUCGGUCAGGAACAUGAUCUCGGUUUUUUCUUUUUCCUAAAGAAAGGGUUCAAAAAGCCAAGAAGUCUACUUUCUUUGAACCAGAUAGAUUUCAAGGUGAAGGAAGUAGAGAGAGAUCUUACACACCUGUCAGAGACAAAAAACCGAUGGGUUACUCUGAUAGAUAAUGGGGAUACUAGCAGCUCAAAUUACAUUGUGAAGAGGGCCAAUGAUCUAGCAAACAUUUCACGCUUGCUUGAUGAUGAAGAUCUGGUGGGGGUGGAUGAAAACAGAGAAAAGCUUGAGAAGUGGUUGGUAGAUGAUGACCAUGAAUGCUCUGUGGUAGCGCUACUUGGAAUGGGAGGACUUGGUAAAACAACUUUAGCUGCAAAUGUUUACAAGAAGGUUAGAGAGAAAUUCCAGUGCCAUGCAUGGCUCUCCAUCUCUCAAACUUAUUCUAGAGAAGAUAUCUUGAGGACUAUAACCAAGGAGCUUCUUAAAGAUAACAUUAGUGUUCUUUCCAGCACUGCUGCUAUGGACAUCACCCGCCUUGAAGAGACAUUGAAUAAAUUUCUAAAGCAACAGAAGUAUUUGAUAAUAUUAGAUGAUGUUUGGACUCCGGAAGCAUUUGAUGACUUGUCUAGGGCGCUUCCCCAUAAUGAUAAAGGAAGUAGAGUCAUAAUCACAACAAGGGAAGGCGUUGUUGCUGCACUUGCUUCUCCAGGACAUAUCUUGCCAAUGGAGGCUUUACCUGAAGACAAGGCAUGGGAUCUCUUUUGUAAGAAAGCCUUUCCAAGAGAUGCAAAUUGUGAUGGUCAUGCGGAAUUGAAGCCUUUGUCAGAGGAAAUAGUUAGCAAGUGCAAAGGCUUGCCUCUUGCCAUUGUGUCAGUUGGUAGCCUAUUGUGCGUGCGUGAGAAAACUAUGGAAGAAUGGAGAAGGAUAAAUAACCAAUUGAGUUGGGAGCUAAUUAAUAAUUCGAGGCUCGAUCACGUAAGGAAUGUUUUGUAUCUGAGCUUCAUAUACCUUCCAACACACUUGAAAAGUUGUUUCCUAUACUGCAGCUUAUUUCCAGAAGACUAUCUGUUACGUAGGAAACAACUUGCACGGUUAUGGUCAGCAGAGGGGUUCAUUGAAGAGAGGGGUGAAAGCACAUUAGAAGAAGUGGCAGAGUUCUAUCUAAAGGAGUUAGUUGAUAGAAAUAUGCUACAACUUGUUGAGUUGAACACAUUUGGUAGGAUGAAGAAAUUUAGAAUGCAUGAUAUCUUACGUGAAUUGGCAGUGGACUUAUGUCGUAAGAAUUGUUUUGGUGCUACUUAUGAUAAUAAAUCUGGCGGGUCUCUUGGGGAUAGACGAUUGGUACUCCGCAAUCUAAAGAAGGAUAAUUAUCAGCCAAUUUCUGGUAUACAUCAACUUCGUACAAUCAUUACACUUGAUAAUAGCGUGCCGUCAUCCAUUAUAUCGUUGCUAUGCUCUGAAUCAAGAUAUAUGACAGUGCUAGAGUUACGUGGUUUGUCCACUAAGAAGAUUCCAGCUGCUAUUGGAGAUCUUUUUAAUCUUCGCCAUUUGAGUUUGCGUGAUUCAAAAAUACAGGUGCUCCCGAAGUCUAUUGAGAGGCUUUCAAAUCUUAUUACAUUGGACCUUUAUGGAUGUGACAUACAUGUGUUGCCCAGUGGGAUUGUGAAGCUGAAGAAGCUUAGGCAUUUAUUUGCUGAGAGAGUACUCGAUCCAGAUGAGAGAGGAAUGAGAUGUUCUAGGGGUGUGCGAAUCCCUAGUGUCCUUGGACAUCUAACAAACCUGCAGACGCUACAUGCAUUGGAAGCACGGGACAAAUCUCUUGGACAUUUAGGGGAGCUGAGGCAACUGAGAAGCUUGAGGUUAUGGAAUGUGAAAGGAACCUACUGUGAACGCAUCAGUGAGUCUCUGGUUCAAAUGCAGUAUUUGUCGUUCCUAGAGGUGAAUGCAAGUAAUGGGAAGGAGGUUCUCCAGAUGAAUGUUUGCCUUCCACAGCUGCAAAAAUUAAUUUUGAGGGCACGACUAGCGAAUGGGGCGUUGGACGAGUCUCCUCUCUUCCAAGCUGUUUGGGGGCAGAAUUUGUAUGUAUUGUCUCUAUAUGGGUCACAACUGAGAGAAGACCCCAUGUCAUCCCUUUCUCGGCUGUCAAGUUUGACGCGUCUACGUUUGACAGGAGCAUACAGCGGAGAGCAGAUGACGCUUCUCACGGGAUGGUUUCCCAAGCUAAAGAUUCUCUUUCUGAAAGAUCUGCCUAAUCUAAAUCGGCUAGUGAUACAGCAAGGUGCCAUGGCUAGCCUGGAAGAAUUUUUCUUAGUCAACCUGAACAGCUUGACAGAGGUCCCACCUGGCAUUGAGUUCCUCAUGCCCCUGCAGUACCUAGCAUUCGACCAAAUCAGCAGCGACUUCUUGACUGUGCUGGAGCAGUGUUCUGCUAUUCGAGGGAACUGGUGGUAUACUCUCCAAGAUUGA